AUGGUUUUCAGCAGGCAGAUACACUUGGUCUUGUGUGUCGCUUUUCAGAUUGAGUCCAUGAUGUUAAAGCUGCAGAGGCUCCAGCAGAAAGCCAUUUUGGAUGAUGACUAUGAUGCAGCUGAACGUUUUGGGAAAAAGCUGGAGGAGCUGUGCAGGGAGCGAGGCGCUCUGAAGCUGGGUCUGCCCUCCAGACAGCCCAGCGUGGCUCUGUUCCUGGAGCGACUCAGACAGGUGGUGCACAGCGCCCUCCAGAGGGCGGACUGCAGUCAGUGCAGGAAGGAUGUGGAGCAGGAUGCAGGGGAGAGGUCAGAAUCAUCACACGGUCCACUGCAUCAAAAAGAUCGCCUGAUCCAGGAGAAACGGCUGAUAGAGGUGGAGAUAGCAGAGCUGCAGUGGAGGCUGACGGAGCUGAGGGACCUCAGCCGAGGCCUGGAGCAGCAGAUCCAGCUGGAGGCGCAGCAGGUGGAGGCCGAGGAGCUGGAGGGCUCCGUACUGCGGGGCCGCACCGUGGCCCAGCUCUGCGACAUGAGCCGAACCCUGCAGGACCUCGUCACCUCUGAAAACCGCAUGCAGAUCACCGUCUCACCUUCAGCCUCCCUACUCAGACUCCAGGAGCAGGAGCAGGCAUUGAAUCUGUCCAUCAAGGAAGCCACUGCUAAAGUGGUCAUGAGUCAGAGGCUGGGCAGCAGCCUGCGGAGGAAAGUAAGCGAGACAGAAACUCAGCUUUUGGCACUGCAUGAAGCCAAACUGGCGGCCAUCUCAGGUAAUGACUUCAGCAGUGCCAAGGAGAUGAAGGCUGAGAUGAAGGCGGUGUACCUUGAGCGGGACAGACUGGAUGCUUUGGCCAAGAGGCUACACAGCCUGAGCUCGGGGAGCAGCCAGGAGCUGGCCAGGAUGAAGGAGCAGCGGCAGCAGUUCAGGCAGGAGCUGGGGCAGAGGGAGGCCCAGCACGGGAGCAGUAAUGUAGACUGA